AUGAAGCGUAUCCCAAAAGUUGCCGACGGUCUGCCCCCGAGGGUCAUCCGGGCCUUCUACGUAGCCAUGUCAAACGGACCCCCUAGGACGGCUGGGGCAGCGUAUGCACUUAAUCCGGAAAAUGUUCGUAUUGGCGACGCGGAGGAGUUGGAGGCCUGGCUCAAGACCAGUGAAGCCAAACCUUUGAGGCUUUGUGCCGUGCUCCAUAGGCCUCGUGCACUGCUUGCCGGGCCUAAACAUAGACCCGAAACUCCUCCGCCUGAUGGGUGGGAGGACCUGGAUGAACACGAUUUCCAAAUGAUAGAAGUCGAUAAGGAGGAGCAAAUGCUUACCUUUAUUGAUAAGGUAAAUAACACUGGUCUGAAUUUUGCUAUGCCCCAAAGCGAUACCGGUUUCCAGGAGUUAAUGGCGGUAUUUGAUGAACGGGUGGAAAGAUACCAAACAAUAGGGCGUAGGCUAGUUAGGCGGUAUAGAUUGAAGUUUCCGAAUCGCAUUGGCUUUAUGUCUUGCCACCAUGACCGCCUCAAGAUUUGGACAUUGGCUGAGAGAAACCAUGUAUUUAGGCAUAACGGCGGCAUAGGUGGAGACGAAAACGAUGUCGAAGAAGAAGGCGACGACGAUGGGGAUGACGAUGACGGUAACUGA